GAUUGACGCUUUCUCUCCCCCCACAGAAAAAAAACAUCUGUAUUGAAUAUAAGUUUAGUCAUCAAUGCACAUUAUGCGCCAACGCUGACCGGAAGCUGCCGCUGUCUGUCCCGGUCUGGCCCGGUCUGUCCCGCAGGAGCCGGUUCAAACAGACUGACAGCUGGGACUACAGAGGGCGACUCUCCCUCGUUACUUCCGCAUUCCUGCAGAAGUCACGGGAGUGUCGUAACUCUCUUCUUCGCCGUUCUGGCUGUUGCUACCCAGCGUCCCGUGUCUUCCGCCGCCUCCCGGUUUGUCAGCUGACCGGUGGCCGGUCUGGUGACUGUCAAACCCCUGAAGCUCGCUCUGUGACCCGGACACCAGCACGACCAAGCCGAGGCCGGUCUCUGUGUCGCUGUCACCGGAGCCCCUGACACCGAUUCGCUCCUGACGUCCCCCACUGUCAGCAGGAGGCUGAUUUAUUCGGCUUACCGAGCCCGGAGCCCGACCCUCACACUCCGCUCCUCCGAUUAGUCCCACUCCACGGCCGGACACCUGGUCGUUUCUCUUCCGAGCCUCUGUGACCCCCAGCCGGUCCCCAGCCCCGGCAUCUCCGCUAACCGCCAUGGCUCUGCUGGACCUCGCCAUGCAGGGACUCGCCGUCUUCGGCUUCAUCCUGUUCGUCGUCCUGUGGCUCAUGCACUUCAUGUCCAUCAUUUAUGUGCGUCUCCACCUACACAAGAAAAGGUCAGAGGUCAAACAGCCGUUCGCGCAGCUGGCGGGAGUUUCUCUGCUGAAGCCGCUGAAGGGCGUUGACCCGAAUCUGAUCUCCAACCUGGAGACAUUUUUCACUCUGGAUUACCCCAAGUAUGAGAUCUUGCUGUGCGUUCAGGAUCAAGAUGAUCCCGCUGUGGACGUCUGUAAAAAGUUGUUGGGAAAAUAUCCCAACGUAGACGCUCGAUUAUUCAUUGGGGGGAAGAAAGUUGGAAUUAACCCCAAGAUCAACAACCUGAUGCCGGGCUACGAAGGAGCCAAAUAUGGCCUGGUCUGGAUCUGUGACAGCGGCAUCCGAGUGAAACCAGACACCCUGACAGAUAUGACCAAUCAGAUGACUGAGAAGGUGGGAUUGGUCCAUGGGUUGCCAUAUGUCGCUGAUCGCCAAGGCUUUGCCGCCACACUGGAACAGGUUUAUUUUGGGACGUCCCACCCUCGCUCCUACAUCUCUGCUAACGUGACGGGGAUAAAGUGUGUGACCGGGAUGUCGUGUCUGAUGAGGAAGGACGUGUUGGAUCAAGCCGGUGGGCUGGUCGCCUUCGCUCAGUACAUCGCCGAGGAUUACUUCAUGGCCAAAGCCAUUGCGGACAGAGGCUGGAAGUUCUCCAUGGCAACACAGGUGGCGCUGCAGAAUUCUGGAUCGUACUCCAUUGGCCAGUUCCAGUCUCGCAUGAUCAGGUGGACGAAGUUGAGGAUCAACAUGCUUCCUGGCACCGUGCUGGAGCCCGUCUCUGAGUGCUUCCUGGCCAGCCUCAUCAUUGGCUGGGCUGCUCAUCAUGUUUUCAGGUGGGACAUGAUGGUCUUCUUCAUGUGUCACUGUCUCGCCUGGUUUCUGUCUGACUACAUCCAGCUGACUGGAGUUCAGGGCGGCCAGCUGUGCUUCUCCAAGCUGGACUUCGCCGUGGCGUGGUUCAUCCGGGAGUCGAUGGCGGUGCAGAUCUUCCUGUCGGCUCUGUGGGAUCCCACCAUCAGCUGGAGGACCGGACGGUACCGGCUGCGCUGCGGCGGCACUGCCGAGGAGAUCCUGGAUGUAUAGUUGCCACGGAAACCAGCUGCACAAUCUUCCUCAUCCUCAUGAACAGUGGAGAGGAAGAGGAGGAGGCGAGAGAAAGAGACUGACGUGUUUUUUUUGUAUGAGGAAAACUGAAGUGUGUUUAUUUUAGUGUGUGUGUGUGUGUGUGUGUGUGUGUGUGUGUGUGUGUGUGUGUGUGUUUUUAACUAUUUAUGUUCCUUUUGGUGCUAAAACUAAGUGAUGCCGGAAGAAGCCAGGAGAGGAUGGAAGACAGAAAACUAAAACGGGAGCAGAGAAAUGGGCGAGAGUGACGCGUCGCACUGAACAUCUUUGUUUAGUCUGCCCUCGACGACAGAGGAAACCAAUCAGGAAAGAGGAGUUAGAAUUCUUUCUUGUCAUUGGUCGUUUUUUUUUCUUUUUCCUCGUUCAGUUUCAGAUGAAGUUUUUCAUGAAAGAACAAACAGAAAGAAGUCAAAGCAGUGAAAUGUCGUCACUGCCGAUUAAAGAUUCCAGUUCAAGCCGAACAGAACGCCGCCUCAUUAAACUGUUUCCAUGCCAACCGUCUGCAUUAAGAUGUUCAUCGAAAAAAAGUGCAAAUAAUUUAACGUUCAUCAGUUUUUGUGCGAAAAGCCAAACUAGGAGGUAAAAGAGAAAAACAGAAAAACUAAAUGGAGAUCUUUUCUUGUAUUUCGGACUUUGUGUCGCAUAAUCACGAGGAAACUCGUCACCUGUUCCCGCCGCGGGAGCUGCGUUAGGAUUCCAGGAGCGUCACCUGUGGUUUGACCGAGGAACCAGGAUGAAACUGACUUCCUGGAUCCAGAGGCCGGUUCAGGAGGCUCAUUGUGCCGCCUGAGGACCAUCGAACCGUCUGCGGAUCAGCUGACCGCCGUCCUUUGUCCAACCUGUCUGUGAAGUGACUUCUUUCAUCGUAACUUAAAGCCUGUUUGUCGUCAUCAUUUAAAGGAGCACUGAGACCCGUGACUCAGAUCGAUUCAAAAACAUCCUGACGCAUUUUAUUUGUGAAAACUGAAAAUGAUCACAAUGUGCCAUUGAAACGAGAGAAUUUUCAUUGAUAAGUGAAUCAAUUUAGUUUUCCAUUUCUAUUAUUUAUUAUUUCCCCCCUCAGACGACUAAAAGAGUUUCUCCCAGUUUAGCGCUGAAUAAUUUCCAGUAUUUGUGGCGUUAAGCGGUCGCAACAUUUCAUGUGAUUCACAGAUUGAACACAGGACCAAAUUAAAAAAAAAAAAACUUUUUGUUUUGCAAAGUCUUUACACUGUGUGUGUGUGUGUGUGUGUGUGUGUGCGCGCGUGCGUGUGUGCGUGCGAGAGAGAUUUUCUGUUUUUUUUAGCUGUGCUGCUUUACUGUUAGCCCUUAGCUGUUAGCGUAGCCACAGGGGGUUUGGUUGAUGACAUCAGCUUCAAGUCGGACGAACCCCGUCGCCAUUGUCCAAUAGGAUUAGCAGGAUUCUUAUUUUAUUGUUUGUUUUUUUUAAUUAAUCUGCUGUAGUCUGCAAAACCGACCAAUCACAGUUGAGGAUUGUGUCAACACAGGAACAAUAAAGUUUUAUCCUUUG